CAACCCAAUGAGCGCCGUGCAAGGGAGGCUCUCUUCGCCGCCGUGCAUCUCUCCUCCAUCUCCCUCCUCACUUUUCCAGUCGGCCAGCAAGCCUGUCGGAGCUCUUAACUACAAGCCCCACACUGUCUGUCUGUCACUCUGCGCGUCGACAAACUGCGGGAAGGAUAUCUAGCCUCUUGCCUCUGCCGUUUUUUCCCUCGCUUUCCCAUCAAACGCCUUUGAAUGAAACGAAUUGGGACUUUUAGUUUUUGCGUAACGAGAGAAACAUCGUGAAAUGAUGCAGCAGCAGCGGAUGCAAGUCUCUUUGGUCUCCCCCUCGGAAUAACGCCAAAUGGAUGCUGCGCAGAGCUCUUCACCCCCUCACCAACUGCUAUGGAGGCAUGCCAAGCCAUGCAAGUGACCUUUAUCGCACCAUGAAUGUAGGCUCUGCAGUUCAAAGAGGACACAAGUAACCUUUUCUCAUUAUCUAAGAAGGAGCUGUUGAUCUGACGACAGGAGCCAAAGAGAGACUUUGUAAGACAAAUAGACGGACAAACAAACAAAAACACACGGGAGACAGGAUGCCACGGCGGUCAGAAGAGAUGCUGGUGGAUCUGUGGAUGUCCUUGCUGCUAGUGUGGAUUACUUGCGUUCCCUGCGUGUCUAUGACUCCGAUCAUAGGCCCGUCGAAAAGUACACAAACUGGUGGGUCCGCAGCGGUGGUGAGCGGCCCUGGCGAAGGACAAAGAUUACUGAGCCGCGCCAAGAGGGGAUGGGUUUGGAAUCAAAUGUUUGUGCUGGAGGAAUUUUCUGGACCCGAUCCAAUUCUGGUUGGCAGGCUACACACAGAUUUGGAUGUGGGUGGCAAGAACAUCAAGUACGUCCUAGCGGGCGAGGGUGCUGGCACCAUCUUCGCAAUCAACGAAUUAACGGGCGACAUCCACGCCAUGAAGAGGCUGGACCGCGAGGAGAAGGCCGAGUACACGCUAACAGCCCAGGUCGUCAACGCGGACAACGACCAGCCCCUGGAACCACCGUCAGAGUUCAUCAUCAAAGUCCAGGACAUUAACGACAAUCCGCCGCAGUUCAACGAAGGCCCGUACCGAGCGUCGGUUCCAGAGAUGUCCGGUGUCGGGGAGUCUUGCCACUGA